AUGGCUCUUACCUGGGGGGUCAGUAUUCGUGAAGCGCGUUCGUCACGAAGUCACGUUUCCGAGUCUGAUCUCGUUCGAAAUUUGGUCGGAAUGCCCUCCGGACCCGGUGCGGUCAAGCCUUACCGAGAAUCCAUGGUCGCUCCUAUAUUAUGUUACUGCAUUGCCUCCAUCCUUAUGACGGUUGUCAACAAAUUCGUCGUCUCUGGAGCCCAUUUUUCAAUGACCUUUCUGCUCUUGGCAAUACAAUCUCUGGUCGGCGUCGCAUGUGUCGCGUUGGCUAAAGCGACUGGAAUCAUCUCGUUCCGAAGCUUUGCCUUGAAAGACGCCAAGGUGCGUCGGUCAACUAAAAACGUCGAGUCGAGCCAACUGUCAACGAUACCUAAGGCUUGGUUUUCCGUUUCGUUCAUGCUGACCAGCGUCAUAUAUACUGGCUCGAAGGUUUUCAUCAGAGUUUGCAUUCCUGUCUACACAAUAUUCAAGAACCUUACCAUUAUACUCAUUGCGUACGGAGAAGUCAUGUGGUUUGGGGGUCGAGUGACCCGCCUGAGCCUUCUCUCGUUUGGUUUCAUGGUCUUCUCCUCUGUCAUAGCCGCCUGGGAUGACGUAUCUGGUGCGCUGGCGGACUCUAUGCCUUCCGCAAGCUCAGGUAUCAGCCCGACAUCGCUUCAGACGAUGAAGAGUGUGGUCAACAACUUGAAUAUUGGAUAUUUCUGGAUGUUUGUCAACUGCUUCUCCAGCGCAGCCUACGUUCUGUUGAUGAGGAAAAAAAUAAAAAUUACAGGUUUCUCUGACUGGGAUUCAAUGUUCUACAACAACUUACUUUCAAUUCCUAUCCUUGCCGUCUUUUCUCUUGUUUUCGAGGACUGGAAAAGGGAGAGUAUAGCUCUGAAUUUUCCUCAGCAAUCGCGGCAUGUCCUAUUAUCCGCCAUCGCUUUUUCCGGCGCAGCUGCCGUAGGCAUAUCUUACACAACAGCAUGGUGUGUGAGAGCAACUAGCAGUACCACCUACAGUAUGGUUGGGGCACUCAAUAAAUUGCCUGUCGCGGCUUCGGGAAUGGUUUUCUUUGGGGACCCAGUCACCCUCGGUUCUGUCUCUGCAAUCAGUGUCGGAUUUUUCGCCGGUUUAAUCUACGCUAUUGCCAAAAGCAGUCAAAGGGGACUAGACGACCGCAGUAGAACUAUAAUACCCCUCACAAUACGAAAAUAA